AUGGACAGCACCUCCGCAAGUCACUUUACCUUCAUCGCUGGCGUGCUCGGUUUUGUUAUGGCGGUCGCCUGGUGCCGCGCCUAUUUUCCUAGCAUACAGAUGAAAUUUCUGGAUGACUUGCUCAAGGAGACCCAGCAGAUUUAUGAGCAGGCGGAGACCGAGAAUUUAUUCCCAUCUGAAAAAUUUCGGAAGAUAUCCAAGUCAAUGCUUGCUAGUAUGGAACAACGCAGCCUCCCGCUUCGCAAAGGCACCUACAACGCGACGACCGUCAUCCAUGAAUUUCUUGCUCUGUUCAAUGGACUUUCACUACGCAUCAUACAGCUGUCGUAUCGUGUCAAGAAACUCAGAGCUUGCUUGCAUGCCACCAGCGAGAUAGAGCGGAGCAAAAGAAGACAUGGAUCCAGGGCCCCUUUGGAUAAUGGUGGUGCAGAUGAUACGUCUGUACUAUUGCUGAUGUCGAUCGAUCCCUCCUUCGACCCCGAGUCUGUGCAUUGUCCAAGUAACCAAGAAUUUGGUGGUAGCUCGGAUCCCCGUCAGGGUCAAAUCGCCUCCUGCCCCACCGCAGAACUUGAGAGCGCUGUGAGGGAUGUUUUGGUUGGACCGGGAGAUAGCCAUCAUCAAGACAAUUAUUCCCCAAGAGUAGGAGCGCCACUCAGCGCCUCAGAAGAGAUACCACUCUUCACGCCGGUCGCUGCAUCAGUCCAAUGGGUAUACUUGAGAAAGAGCGCCGGUAGCACACCGCAACUAUAG